AUGCACGCCUUCUCCUUCCUUUCGGCUAUCCUAGCCGCUAGCUCGCUCGUCAGCUCUGCUGCCAUCGCCCGGCGCCAUAUUGGAGAAGAUGAGAUCCUCGUCUUCGGCGACAACGGCCGCCACGAGAUCGUCAAGCUCGCAGACUACCAAGCCGAGUUGGCUCGAACCAAUACCACCAUCGACCGACCUGAGUCUCCCUUCGACAAUGUUGACUCUUGGGAAUCACCUGUUGAUGGAGAGGGAUCCAACAGUACCGACUCCGACGUCGAGAAGCGCUGCACAAGUACAAAGCUCAUCGUCCGCAACAAAGACAUCGACUUUCUCGAUUGGGAUGUCCCAAUGUCCUCCGCAUUCCACGCCACCAACUCCCCAGGCACCAUCUCCGUAUCAGGCGGCCACACUGUCCAGGACACCCUCACGACCUCCAGCUCCGUUGACUUCCCCUUCAUCAAAAGCGUAAUUUCCGCAUCCGUCGGCAUCACGUUCACCCAGCAAUGGACCUCAACCUACAACACUGCCUACACCUCCACCGUACCCAAGGGCAAGUGGGGAAUCAUGGUCAGCAACCCUCGCGUCUACCGCCGCAGCGGUUACGCAAAGGUCGGUUGCAUUGGUAGCCAGCGCAGCACUUACUUCCAGGCCGAUCAGCACUUCAGCAAUGAUUACAAGGGACUUUCUUGGGUCCAGGGUUCUAUCAGUCUUUGCACUUCGAAUAGCUACCCGAUUAAGCAGUGCAAUGGAAAUGGUUACAACCACUAG